GGCGGAGCCGGCCGUCGCUCGGCGGUGCCGGCCCGGUUGCCCAGGGAACGGGCUCCCGGCAGCCCCUGCGGCCCGGAGUCCGUCCCCGCCUCCCCCGGCCCGGCGGGGCCGACGAGUCCGGAGGGGCAGCUGCGGGAGCCCCCAGGUUUCUUCGAUGCCAAAUAAACAUUCCUUUUCCUGCCUGAAGGUCAUCUGUGGAAACCUUGGCCAUGGCGUCCACAUCAGAGCCUGUUACCUUCAGAGAGUUCUGCCCUUUGUACUAUCUCCUCAAUGCCAUUCCCACAAAGAUCCAGAAGGGUUUCCGCUCUAUUGUGGUCUACCUUACGGCCCUUGACACCAAUGGGGACUACAUUGCUGUGGGCAGCAGCAUCGGCAUGCUCUAUCUGUACUGCCGGCACUUCAACCAGAUGAAAAAAUACAACUUUGAGGGGAAGACGGAAUCCAUCACGGUGGUGAAGCUCCUGAGCUGCUUCGAUGACCUCGUGGCUGCUGGCACAGCCUCUGGGAGAGUUGCAGUUUUUCAACUUGUGUCUUCAUUGCCAGGGAGAAAUAAACAGCUUCGGAGAUUUGAUGUCAGCGGUAUUCACAAAAAUAGCAUAACAGCUCUGGCCUGGAGCCCCAAUGGAAUGAAAUUGUUCUCUGGAGACGACAAAGGGAAAAUUGUAUAUUCUUCUCUGGAUCUAGACCAGGGCAUCUGUAACUCCCAUUUGGUGCUGGAAGAGCCGUCUUCAAUUGUGCAGCUGGACUAUAGCCAGAAGGUGCUGCUUGUCUCUACUUUACAAAGAAGUCUGCUUUUUUACACUGAAGAGAAGUCUGUCAAGCAAAUUGGAACACAACCAAGGAAAAGCACUGGCAAAUUUGGGGCUUGUUUUAUACCAGGACUUUGUAAGCAAAGUGAUCUAACCCUAUAUGCGUCACGGCCUGGGCUCCGGCUAUGGAAGGCUGACAUCCAUGGGACUGUUCAAGCCACAUUUAUCUUAAAGGAUGUCUUUGCUGGAGGAGUCAAGCCUUUCGAACUGUACCCGCGUCUGGAGUCCUCUGACAGGGGCAGUUGCAGCUUACCCGAGAAACACCUGGGCCUUGUUUCAUGUUUCUUUCAAGAAGGCUGGGUCUUGAGCUGGAAUGAAUAUAGUAUCUACCUUCUAGACACCAUCAACCAGGCCACAAUUGCUGGUUUGGAAGGAUCCGGUGAUAUCGUGUCUGUUUCCUGCACAGAAAAUGAAAUAUUUUUCUUAAAGGGAGAUAGGAACAUUAUAAGAAUUUCAAGCAGGCCUGAAGGACUAGCGUCAGUAGUGCGAGACGCUCUGGAGACAUCAGGAUGUACAGAGCAAGUCCAUGUGCAGCGUGUGGAGAAACCAUCGGGAGCCGCAGUUUCUGAGACGAGGCUCAGAGGCUCUUCCGCGGCCAGUUCCAUGGCCAGCGAGCCGAGGAGCAGGAGCAGCUCACUCAACUCCACUGACAGUGGCUCCGGGCUCCAGGCAGCCCCAGAGCUGGGCAAGGGCAGCCAGCCCACCUCACAGAGAUUCAGUGUGAUUAGCUCGGAAGACUUUGACCAGGAGCUUGUUGUGCAGCCUCUCAAAGUGAAAAAGAAGAAGAGGAAGAAGAAGACGACAGGUACCGUCUGCAGCAAGUGCCACCGACUCCUUCUGCUCACGUGGGAAGGCGGAAGCAGGAGCACCUGCCACAGUUCCCUUGAAUCGACUCCCUGCUGUGAGUUUCCUGGUGACAGUCCCCAGUCCUUGAAUGCAGACCUGCUGUCCAUGACCUCAAGUUUGGGCAGCAUCAUGGAUCGGUUAAGCACAGAGUCUCCUGACCAGGAGAGCAACCUCAUUGGAGAGGUGAAUGGUGUCCUGCAAGAAAAUCAUGACCCUGAAGCAUUUAGUGUCCUGGAGGUGGCUGAACCAGUCCCUGACUUACUGAAGGAAGAAAAUGACAGUAGAACUGAAAUCCCACAAUGUAACCAAGCAGGCGAGAUGGAGCCGCACAAUGGAGUGUUGAGUUCACUGUUGCAACCCAGGGAAGAUGUGGAAGGAAGUGAUGUCACAGAACUCGAAGAGGAGCCUUGUCCUGGGCACGAUGGACAGAGUAGCAGACAGUUACCCUGCCGAGAACAGUACAGCUCUGCUGAGGCCCAGCAGGUGGGAGACAUGGAGCCUGAUGACCCCCAAAGCACUUUUUCUGAAGCCCCCAUCCUGGCCUCACCCCCAGUGCCUUCCAGCCUCAGCUGGGCCCCUAGUGCUGAGGAGUGGCUGCUGGGGACCAGAGCUGACGAAGGCAGCCCUGAGGAGCUCAGCGAAGAGCAGGGCUUCCUAACACAUGCAGAGGCCCCUGACCACCUCAGCUCAAAUCCCUGGCAUGCUGUCAUUGCUGAUGACACAGGCCAGAGGGUGAUGGCCACUUCUGAAUGUGACUUGGGGGAGGUAGGAGGACGACUCACUCCCCCAGUCUCUACUUUGGCAGCCAGCGUCCAUGAGCCUCGCCUUGAGCAGCCUUCACGGGACCAGGUGUUGACGUCCAGUGACGAGGAGGACAUCUACGCACACGGACUGCCCUCUUCAUGCUCGGAGACAAGUGUGACAGAGCUCAGAAGUAGUCGCUCCCUGCAGGACCUAAACCAGCCAGGCACAGAUGACACUGGGCUGCUGAAGUCAGAUCAGUUUGCAGAAAGCUGGAUGGGCUACUCUGGUCCCGGCUACGGCAUACUCAGCCUGGCGGUCUCCGAGAAAUACAUUUGGUGCCUGGACUACAAAGGUGGCCUGUUCUGCAGUGCGCUGCCUGGCGCUGGGCUGCGCUGGCAGAAGUUUGAAGAUGCCGUCCAGCAGGUGGCAGUCUCACCCUCAGGAGCCCUUCUCUGGAAGAUUGAACAGAAAUCUAACCGAGCUUUCGCUUGUGGAAAAGUGACUAUCAAGGGGAGGCGGCACUGGUACGAAGCUCUGCCGCAGGCCGUGUUUGUGGCCCUGAGCGAUGACACAGCCUGGAUCAUCAGGACAAAUGGAGAUCUGUACCUGCAGACAGGUCUCAGCGUGGAUCGUCCCUGUGCUAGAGCCGUGAAGGUCGACUGUCCUUACCCACUGUCCCAGGUCACAGCCCGAAACAGCGUGGUGUGGGUGCUGACAGAACAGAGAGCCCUCUUGUACCGCGAGGGCGUGAGCAGCUUCUGUCCAGAAGGGGAGCAGUGGAAAUGUGACAUCGUCAGUGAAAGGCAAGCUCUAGAACCUGUCUGUAUAACUCUCGGGGACCAGCAGACCUUGUGGGCCCUGGACAUCCGAGGAAACCUGUGGUUCAGAACUGGCAUCGUUUCCAAGAAGCCCCAAGGAGAUGAUGACCAUUGGUGGCAAGUGAGCAUCACAGACUAUGUGGUGUUCGACCAGUGCAGCUUAUUCCAGACCAUCAUCCACGCCACGCAUUCAGUGGCCACAGCAGCUCAAGUCCCCGUCGAAAAGGUGGCAGAUAAACUGCGCAUGGCAUUUUGGUCUCAGCAGCUUCAGUGCCAGCCGAGCCUUCUAGGGGUCAACAACAGUGGCAUCUGGAUAUCCUCAGGCAAGAAUGAAUUCCAUGUCGCUAAAGGAAGUCUCAUCGGCACUUACUGGAAUAAUGUUGUUCCCCGUGGGACAGCUUCUGCAACAAAAUGGGCCUUUGUGUUGGCUUCCACUGCUCCCACAAAGGAAGGAAGCUCCUUGUGGCUGAGCCAGAGCAGCAAGGACCUGUGCAGCGUGAGUGCCCAGAAUGCUCAGUCGCGCCCCUCCACAGUGCAGCUGCCUCCCGACGCCGAGAUGAGGGCGUACGCCGCCUGCCAGGACGCUCUGUGGGCCCUGGACAGCCUCGGCCAGGUGUUCAUCAGGACGCUCUCCAAGAGCUGCCCCGCAGGCAUGCACUGGACCAGGCUGGACCUCUCUCAGCUAGGAGCUAUAAAACUGACGAGCUUGGCGUGUGGAAAUCAGCACGUUUGGGCCUGCGAUUCCAGGGGUGGAGUUUACUUCCGUGUAGGCACCCAGCCUCUGAAUCCCAGUCUGAUGCUUCCAGCCUGGAUAAUGAUUGAGCCACCUGUGCAGCCCGCCGGGGUCACCUUGGUCAGCGUCCAUUCCAGCCCCAAUGACCAGAUGCUAUGGGCGCUCGACAGCAGGUGGAAUGUGCACGUCCGAACUGGAAUCACCGAGGAGAUGCCAGUGGGGACCGACUGGGAGCAUGUGCCAGGGUUGCAGGCCUGCCAGCUGGCACUGAGCACCAGGACUGUGUGGGCCCGCUGCCCCAACGGUGAUCUCGCACGACGGUAUGGCGUCACUGACAAAAACCCUGCUGGAGACUACUGGAAGAAAAUUCCCGGACAUGUGACGUGUGUCACAGUGACCUCGUCAGACGAGCUGUGGGCAGUGGGCCCCCCUGGCUACCUCCUCCAGCGGCUGACAAGGACUUUCAGCCACUCGCACAGUGCCCAGAGCGGCCACGCCACCUCCCCCCACCCUGAGGACCUGGAGGACGAGUGGGAGGUCAUCUGAAGGAGCUCUUAGGGCGACUCGCUCAGGAAGGAGGAAGCUGAGACUCGUGUGGUGGACACAGUCGGUUUCUGAGUCACUCAUUCUUAGACACGCCUCAUCAACUCUUGUCCAGACACGUCUGGCCAGGUCGGACACCCACACUUGCUUUCAUCCAUAUUUGUUUCCAUCUCGUUCCAGAACCCACAGCCUCAGCCGAGGGAUCCGUCGCUGUAGCGGCAGUGCCUCUGAGCUCUCGCGAGGUCGUCUCCGAGUGGGCCGUGGCUGCUGCCAGUUGCAUGCACUAGUCAGCCCUGUGCUGCGCUCGCGCUCUCAUCGCUGACCCCUGCAGGUCCUGUUGUGGGCAGGACGAAUCAGAGCCAGCUCGGGGACAUGCCUGUGAGCCCCUGCAGGCAGCCCUGUUAGUAGCCCCUGGGCUAAACAGAGCCGGAGGUCAUUGCUCUCCAGCCACUGAAGGUGUUCCUGUGACGGCUUUGUCUCCAUCACACGUCCCUCCACCUCCUCUCUGAGACGCAAGUUCCAGCACACAUUCCACGCUAGACACCCCAGAUGAGAAACCGAGGCUGUUUGAAAGGUGGGGUGCUGGGCUGUGCCAGGACGGAGAACACACACGCAGACGACACACAGGCCACGCCGCGCCCUCCCUGCCCACUCACAGGCCAGGGCCUGCUGGCUGCACACAUCAGCCCAAACAAUACACGCCAGUGAAUGGAAGGCUCUGGAAGCACACGCAUGUCCAAGGCAGGGAUGGCACGGGGAGGCAGUUGGACGUGGGCAGGGGAAGCUUAGCCCUAGUAGCUAACUAACCGAGAUGCGUCUUGGGAGUGAUAUUGAACUAAUGCUGCUGGCGGACGUCAGAAAAACCAGAAGCAUCCUCAGAGGAUGAAUCUACUAAUUAUUGCCUUUUUUGUUUGUUGUAAUACAAACCUGCAUAAGAUACCUCAUUUGAAAUCAAAUCUUACCAAUUUAGAAGAGAAGUGUAUUUUCCAAAACCAGUGGAAGGCCUUUCAUUCCUUCCCAUGGUUCAUCCUGAGCCUGCACUGUCUUCAGCUACAGCUUUUCAGGAAGGGUGGGCAGCCCCCUGUGUGUCCUCGACGUGCAGGGCAGUCAUGGGACCUGCGGCUGGCUCCAAGUGGGAGCCCGGCACUGUCAGCAGGGUGUUUGGGUUGACACCCCCAGAAGGUUGAACCUGGUGCCUGCAGUGGUCAGUUGCUGUGGCCACGUCAGCCGUCGGUCCUUGGGGUCAGCCUGCAGUGCCCACUCUCCUUGCUGGCAUCUGAGCUAUAGGAGUGGGCAGCCCAGCCCGCAUCCAGCCCUGAGCCCGCCCCACCCUCCUGGAGGCAGCAGGAGGCGGGACUGCAGCCCCGCGGCUUUUUUUAGCCUCCUUUGGCCCCGGGUCAUCCCUGGAGGCCUCUUUUCUACUGAGUGAGUGUCUGGGAGCCCUGGGGCCACAGGUGAAGACCAAUAAAAUAUGUUCUCUGACAGGACCCAGCCAGCCAUGAAGAUGGAGGUUUUCCGGGUGUAAAUGAGGACGAGAUGCUGAAAUCCCAGAUCUUACUUCACACUUCACUUUUAUAGAAUCUUCUUUUUAAAUGUUUGGUGGCAGCAGAGGCCGCCCCAGGCUGGCUGCAGCUCCUCUUCCGCGUCUGGUGUGCCUUGUCCAGCUCCUCUCGGUGGAACGCUCUCCUAAUCCCAUGGGACUUCAGUGCAAUUCAACCCAAGUCUCGUUUGCUACUUUUCAACGACUUGUAGCUUCAGUGCUUUGUAGUUUUCUUUCUGGUUUUAAUUUUCAGUUGUGCUUUGAGACAGUGCAAUAAACUAGACUUUUCCAAACCUAGUCGAGUCUGAUGUUUGACCGUGAGAAGGUGCCCUUGGGGGGCCCUGGUGGAGGCUGACGUGCCCACCGGUGGCAGGAAAAACUGCUGACGCUGUUUGCCAGCCCAGCCCACCGCCAGGAUAGAGCAGGGGCCAUGACUUAUGACCUGCUCGGUGUGCAAAUACGCACCAGCUUGCCCAGGGUGGCUGUCCUGGGGGAAUGACGGUCACUCCAGAGGUAGACGGACCCCCAGUAGCCCAAGGAAGGACACGGAACGUGAGGCCCUGAGGGCAGGCUGUGGAGGGCUCAGCGCCUGAGUCCACGUCUCCAUCCGAGAACAACGCCCAGAAGAGCGCUGCUGAGCCCGCGGGAAGAGGCUGCGUUUGUCACGGCAGCAGGACCUGCCACGUGCCACGAAGCGACCUGAACAAGAGACAUCGGACUCAUGUCAAGAAGUGGCCCAGCUUUAGAGAAGACAUCAAAGGAAAGUUGAGUCAAGGAACACAUGUUCGACAUUCCUGAUGGAAGGCUCAGUACAGGGUAUAGACACCCGUCCUUUCUAAAGGAAUUUAUGGGUUUAACUCAGUUUGUCAAAAUCCCCACUGGGAAUUUCUUGUUGGGGGGAGGCAGGGAGGAAUUCACAAAAUAAUGUCCAUGCCAUGAACGCCCCCUUGACUGUGCCGGAUGUGCUCCCAGGGUCUCACAUGAAGAGCUUCACCUCCUCAUUAGGGCCUCUCACGGUGAAUACCCUGAGCCCCAGUGAGACUCAGAGAAGUUAAGUAACUUGCUCAAGGUCGCACAGGGAGUACCAGGAUUGAAACCCAGCUCUUUGGAGCUUCAGACCUAUGCUGUUUGAUGCCACCUCACUGUCCUGGGAAGAAGAAACAGGUAAGAACUGCCAAAGAGUGAUGGCAGGCCAGCAAAGGAAGUGUGGCAUGGGUAGAAGGGCCAGUGACAUCAGCCAGCCCAACAAGGCCCACAGGGAGGUAGCAUGAAGGCGGCAUCGCAGACGAGGGGACGGGAGGGUGACUUCACAACUGACGUGGAGGACUGCCUGGCUGUUUGGGCAAAAUCAAUAUUAAAUGGAUUAAAGAUCUUAACCUGGGGGAGAACAGUAUGAUUUCUGGACGGUAAGGGCUUGCUGAACUCAAAAGUGGUAAGAAAAGUCACCGAGGAAAGUAAGUGUAUGGAUUUGAUUUCUCCAAAAUGUAAAAAUACUGUAAAUUAAAAACCCCAUGUAAAAUUAAAAGAGGUAAUAAUUGCAACAAAUACGACACUGAUGGUGAAUCUACACCUUAGAACAUGUGCACACCAGGAGGAGGGACACCUGAGACACACGUAUAGACAGCGGAGAUGAAAGGGCACCCCGCAGUGAAUGCCCAGCACCCAGGGCAGAGUGCUGACGCAGCAAGUUGGGGGAGCCCCGUUGGCACAGCCCUUCUGGGAAAGCCAAUGGCAGCCCAUCAGCAGCCUUAAAGCCUUCAGACCCAUGAGCUCCACUUCUGGAGGCCUGUCCUCAAGAACAAAUCCUAAACUGGGGGAAACCUUGUUUAUAAUUGUGAAACACUAAACACAACUGCCAUCUGGGGACACUCCUCUGAUGAAACAGUAUGCAGCUGUUAAAAAGCAUGUGUGCCCUGCGAGGAAGCGCGCUGUGGGCCGUCCGUUGCGUCGUCGUAUUGUGUCAGUGGGGAAGUUCCUGGGUGUGGUAAUGAUGGUGUGGUUUGGUGAGAUCACAUAUAUACAUGUACAUGAGAGAGAAGGGAGAGGACGGCAAUGUAAACAUAGUCACUGUACUCCUCUCUUUUGGAGGGUUUGAAACUUUCCCUAAUUCCAGGGGGCACAGGAGGAGCAGGAACCAGUUCCCUACACAAGCAGCUGGUCGCAGUGGUUGCCUGUAGUACAUACCUUUUUGUAUCUUUUGAAUUUUGAGCCAUGUAAAUGUACUAUUUAUUCCAAAAAUAAAUAAAAUUCACAUUUUAAAAACUCAGUCCUAAUAUUAAUUCUUUACGGUAUCAACACUAGCUAAAUCAAAAUAAACACCGAAGACUUCUUAAAAACCAUAUUUACAAAGUGUUUUACAACGUAGAAAAAUGCUAACACUACAGUAAGUUUAAAAAUACUAAAUUGUGUAAGUGAUUUGACUUCAUGUAUGUUAGAAAUGUGAAUAGGAAAAAAUUUUAAUAUACGUAUGUGCAGAGAAAAAACAGGAGGAAAACACAGCAAAAUGCUGGCAGUGGUUGUCUGGGUGGCAGGGUGACGGCAGGUAGCUGGCCCCCUCAUUUGGGAGCCACACAUGGGGGUGGGCAGGAUGGUCAGGGUGUCCGUGGCGGGGGCCUGCCCACCUGCCCUGGCUUUCCCUGCACAGUCUGAGGGUUCUCUGAUGACCAUGAAUUCUGUAGACAGAAAUUCUUUUAAAAAUCAUUGAAGACAGAAAUCUGUUUCAUCUCUAUCUUGACUGAGGUGGUGGUUACAUGUGUGUAGACAUUUGUCAUAACUCCUCAAACUACACAGUUAAAGCCUGUGCAUUUAUUGUAUGUCAGUUAUGCCUCAACUUUCAAAUGUCGCAGGCCCAAACCAGCCCCCUUGGGGCAGGGCUCCAUGGGAAGUGCUCGCUCGGAGCAGAGGCUCAGUAUUGCACAGGCUUCCCGCUUCCAGGAAGCAUCCUUGUUCUGAGCGUGAUUUGGGGUUACUUAGAAAACUGCUCCCUGUACAGUAUUUUGAAGUUGGUAAAGAAAUCGCGAGGACAGGGAAAAUCAGCAAGGAAACCGAGGUACCACUGGGAUGAGGUUAGCACGCAAGGAGGCCAGUGAGGCUGGCACAGGGUCAUGUCACCACAGCUAGAGAGGGGCAGAGUGGGGGCCUUGC